CCACAAAUACCUCGUUUGCAUAUUCCCGGUUUAUAAAAUCACCUAAACCUUCAAGGUCAUAUAACGCCGGUUUAAAAGUUGGAAUUGUUUUCAUCUGCGAGACAAAUCAGAUCCCUCGUGUUCGCAAAUCGAGCCCAAACUUAACCCUGUAGCUGCCGGUCAAGGAAAUUCAUUUUUAGUUUGUGAGUUUAUUUGUGGUGACAAGACAAAACUCUUCAACAUGCCGAAAGUGCUGAACGUUCGCGUCACGACCAUGGAUGCAGAGCUGGAGUUUGCAAUUCAGCCAAGCACAACAGGAAAACAGCUCUUUGAUCAGGUCGUGAAGACGAUAGGCCUACGAGAGAUUUGGUUUUUUGGUCUGCAAUACACAGACACCAAAGGAUAUGAAACAUGGCUAAAGCUAAACAAGAAGGUACAAAGUCAGGAUGUUAAGAAAGAAUCACCACUUCAGUUCAAAUUCCGUGCAAAAUUUUACCCUGAAGAUGUGUCUGAGGAACUCAUACAAGAAGUCACAAGGAGACUCUUCUUCUUGCAAGUUAAGGAGGACAUCCUUGCUGAGAGAACUUUUUGUCCAGCAGAAACUGCAGUUUUGUUGUCCUCAUAUGCUAGAGGAGGCCAUGAUUGAAUACCUAAAGGCUGCCCAGGAUUUAGAAAUGUAUGGAGUGAACUAUUUUGACAUCAAAAACAAAAGAGGGACAGAACUCUUCCUUGGUGUAGAUGCAUUGGGUUUGAACAUUUAUGAAAAAGAAGACAAGCUGACCCCCAAGAUUGGAUUUCCUUGGAGUGAGAUCAGAAACAUUUCCUUUAAUGACAAGAAAUUUAUUAUCAAACCUAUUGAUAAAAAAGCUCCAGACUUUGUUUUCUAUGCUGCUCGCCUGAGAAUAAACAAGCGAAUUCUGGCUCUCUGCAUGGGAAAUCAUGAACUUUACAUGAGACGCAGGAAACCUGACACCAUUGAAGUUCAGCAGAUGAAAGCACAAGCUAUGGAAGAGAGACAGUCUAAGUUGAAGGAAAGGCAAAGGCUGGAAAAAGAGAAGUCAGCACGUGAAACGGCUGAGGCAGAGAGGAGGAAGCUCGAGGAAGAGUUACAUAAACUUAAAAUGGAGCAGGAAAGACAAGUCAGAGAAAAGGAAGAGGCAGAGGAGAAAGCCAAAGAAUUAUUGAGAAAAAAGGCUGAACUUGAAGAAGAGACACGCAAACAGGAAGAGCAAAAAAGGCAACAACAGGAAGAAAUUGAAGAAAUGAAGAGGAAACAGAGAGAAGAAGAAGGGGAGAAAGAGAAAAUGGCCCAGGAAAUAGUGCAGAAAGAGGAGGCGCUUUCUCUGUUAAUGGAACAAGAAAAACAAGCACAAGAGGAAAGAGAAAAGAUCAGACUGGAGCUUGAAAGCCAACAGGAAGAGACAAAGAGGCUCCAGGAGAAAACAGUCCUAUUAGAAGAGCAAGCUCUUUCAGCCCAGGUUAAGGAAGAUCAUAUUGAAAUGGAGGAAACACAAACAACACUUGAAACAGAACUUGAGGUAGAUCCCCUUGUAGAAGGAGACAGAUCUGAAGAAAAUCGUAUUACAGAAGCUGAAAAGAAUGAGCGACAGCGAAAAAUGCUUCAGCUACUUCAAGAGGAUCUCCGGAAAGAGGAAAAGAAUUACUCUGCUUACGACAAACUCCACAUGCAGAACCAGAAAGAAGGAAGAGAUAAAUACAAGACGCUGAAGCAAAUCAGACAAGGCAAUACAAAGCAGAGGGUUGAUGAAUUUGAAGCCAUGUAGAGUCUCAGAGCCAACACAACUCAACAACACCUGUCCAAGGUAUAGCUUGCAGCACUUUUGAAGAAAAAUAUUUGCUGUUUAUGGGAACUAUUCACUUAAACUUUAAUUCAUGGAAAAGUGAUUAUUUUGCACUCACAAGAAAUUUGAUAGCAUGUUUAUUAAUUUUUGUAAAACUAGAAAAAAGAGGUAAUUAUUGAUAUGGUGAAAAAUGGUUUCUUUGUAGUAGUAAAAAUGGUUUCUGCUUAGCUCUUGUGUGCGGUUGUUUUGUUGUUGAUUCUUUUUUUGACUUCAACUGAGACCCUUCGACAAUAUUCAGAUUUCUCACAAUGCAUCUUUUCAGCCUUUAUUGCAACAGUCUUGUUGCAAGCACAUUUCAAAGAUUUCGGAUUCACUCAAUUUGUCCCAGAUUAGCCAAGCAUUGUGUAAACAAGACACUGUAUUAAUCAUUUUUGUAACGUGUCUAACUAAAAGAAAGGUAUGCUUUGCAGGUUUCGCCGUUUGCAAGGGAGUUACCUUUCGUGUGCUAUUGCCGUUAUAUUUUCGUCACUCCACUCACUCGCUGUACAAUGUAAUAUUUUCCUCAUGCCAAAUAUAACAUAAAAUCAAAUGAGGACAUGAGUCACUGAUUUUUCUUUGUGUGAUGCAAAGGAAGAGACCUUAGAUAUGACCUGUUAUUUAACAGGCGUUAACAUAACCAGUAUCACCUUUUGUUAGAUAAUAAGUAGCUAUUUUUGUCUCUUUGCUACUAAGUUCAAGGCAUGGCUGAUGUCGUGGGCUGGAGUACCCAAGCAUUGUUAGAAAAGUAAUCAAUUUGAAUAAAAUGAGUAUGUAAUGAGAAAGGA